UGAUGUUCAGCCCCCGCCCCCCGGUAACGCUGAAACAGACGCGCUGAGUUAAGGCCCCAGCCGCCCCCCGUCACCUAAUGUCCGGGCAGCCCCCGUCGAAGCGGCUCCAGGACGCUGCGGAGCCUUAGCCAGGCCGGGGGAGCCGCGUUCCCAGCCCCACGAGUCAAGGGUGUUUCCUCCGCCCUGGGCAGCGAAUGUUAAAGUUUAGUCCUACAAGCUUUUUCUCAUGGAUGGACCGUUAUUCUUAUGGAGCUGUGAACAGGGAUCUGACUACAUGGAUCAUUUUACAGGACAGGUCAUAGACAUCACAACGGAGAGGUCCUGUAUCAAAACCAGGGAAACCUAGACUUGACAUUUCAGUUAACCUUCAGUUAAAAGAUGUCUCAUUUCUCUUGUGAAGAUGAAGCUCUGUUGCAGUCUAUGCUCAGACAAUUACUGCAGAGUGUGAAGGAAAAAAUCACAGGAGCACCAUCAGUGGAAUGUGCCGAAGAGAUUCUUUUACAUUUGGAAGAAACAGAUGAAAAUUUUCACAACUAUGAGUUUGUGAAAUACCUUAGACAAUACAUAUGUAGCACUCUGGGCUCUGUGAUUGAAGAAGAAACAGAAAAAUGUACCUCUGCUCAAAAUCAGGGUGAAGGAUCUGGUUAUGACACUCUUGUCCAACAUGUUACAAAGAAGACUCGGGAAUCAAAAGAGUACAGAGAAAUGAUGCAUUCCUUGAAGAAUGUCAUGAUGGUGGUGGUGGAAUCUCUGAUUAACAAAUUUGAAGAAGAUCAGAUGCGUAAUAAGGAGAUGCAUAGGAAAACCAAGAAAGAGCAACAUAGUGCUUACUAUACAGACAACUGCUCUGAUAGUGACUCAUCAUUCAAUCAGAGUUAUACAUUCAUGAAUCAAGAACAAUUACAGCUACUUGUGGAAAGGCUUGACCCUGCUCAACCUAAGGAGGUGCGCCAGGAAGCAAUGCAGACAUUGUGUUCUGCGCCUCCCUCUGAUGUACUAAACUGUGAGAGUUGGUCUAAUUUGCGUAAACAUCUGACAAUGUCUCUCUCGGAUCCUGAUUCCACAUUCAGUGACAAAAUUUUGAGAUUCUAUGCAAAGAUCUUUUCAUCUUCUCCACUAAAUAUGACAAGGGAAGUCUAUACAAGCCUAGCGAAACACUUAGAAUUAUACUUUCUUUCUGGAGAAAAUUGUGUUCCUACUAUUUCAGAUGGUAUAGACAUAACUAACCCAGAAAUAAUUCGUUUACUUAAAAAGGUGCGUCUUCUAAAUGAGUACCAAAGAGAGGUUCCCUCUUUCUGGAUUCGUCAUCCAGAAAAGUAUAUGGAAGAAAUAGUUGAGAGUACCUUAUUGCUGUUGUCAGUAAAACGUGAGCAAAGACACCUUGUCUGUCCAAAACUUUUGGAUCCAGUCUACUUCUUGGCUCUGCUUGAUAUCAAAGCCGUGUGGUUUAAAAAAUGGAUGCACGCAAAUUAUAGCAGAACAGUGGUACUAAGGCUCCUUGAAAAGAAAUAUAAAUCUCUGAUUAAUGCAUCUGUUCAACAGUGUGUUUACUACUUUGAAUCAUGUGAAUCAGCAGUUGAUGCAACUUCCAGAGUUAAUGUUUUGCCCCAGCAGUACAGCAGCAAUAACCAGAAGACUUUCUACUCAGGAAAAGAAUUACAGUAUAUCUAUUUUGUUCAUUCACUGUGCCUUUUAGGAAGAUUGUUGAUAUAUAAACAAGGCAGAAACCUGUUUCCUAUACGGCUGGAAAAUAGAAAAGAUUUCAUAUCCCUAACCGACCUGUUGGUACUAUUUAUUCGAUUUAUUUAUUGCUCUCCCACUUGCCCAACGACAACUCUGACAGUGCACACAGGCAAUUAUUCUCCAGCAAUCCUUGUUACAGAGGUGCUGCAAAUUCUGUGUGACCGAACUGAAUGUGCUACUGAAUGUUUAUAUACUAAUACAGUGAUAGAUGCACUUCUUCAUCCCAUUCAUAAUUUACUGAAUGGAAAAGAGAUGUAUAUAAAUUGCCCUGAAACCUCUUUAAUACAUAUAGCUGAUAUUUUGGCAAGGAUUGCUGCUGUAGAAGAUGGCCUUUCUCUUCUCCUUUAUGGAGGAAACAUGAACACUGCCAAAAAGGAUAGUCUUACAGCAGCUCAUACAAUUGUUCAAUUUACAAAGAAACUCCUUGAUGAAAAUAUUUCUGUUUUGUCUGGAACCGAGAUGUUGCCAGCCCUUAAAGGAGCUUUCAUUUUUGUGUGUCGUCAGAUGUAUGGUACCUGUGAAGGUCUGCAGGUGCUGAUUCCUUAUUGUUUGCAUGAAUCCAUUGCUGACGCUUGGAAGAAGGCUAGUUCACUUUCAGAAAGGAUUCCUACUCCUGUACCUGGGACAGACUCUAUUUCAUCAGGAAAUCAAGAGUCACAAAACAUUAUGGUAUGGGAAGAGACUUUAUUAGAUGAUUUAUUAAACUUUGCUGCCACUCCAAAAGGUCUUCUUCUGCUUCAGAAUACAGGAGCCCUCAAUGAAUGUGUAACCUUUAUGUUCAGCAGAUUCUCAAAAAAACUCCAGGUGAGUGGAUGUGAAAGGUUUGGUUAUGGAGUGAUGGUUACACAAAUGGCAGCGACAUCUCCAGGUGCAGUAGCUCUGCAGCGUUCAGGGUUUAUAAAAACACUUAUAACUGAAUUAUGGGCUAUUCUGGAGUGUGGAAGAGAUGAUCUUAGAGUAACUCACCCCAGUUCUACUCCAGUAGAUCCUAUUGACCGAAGCUGUCAGAAGUCUUUUCUAGCGCUGGUAAAUUUGCUAUCCUAUCCUGCUAUUUAUGAACUGAUAGGUGAUCAGGAGAUACCAAAUAAACCAGAAUAUUCUCUCCGUGAAGUUCCUACAAAUGUUACUGAUGUAAUUGACAGACUUAUAAUUUUGAAUUCAGACGCUAAAAUUCACUCCUUAUUCAAUUAUGAACAAUCACACAUCUUUGGUCUGAGGUUGUUAAGUGUGCUGUGCUGUGAUCUAGAUACACUUCUACUUUUAGAGUCUCAAUAUAAACUAUCACAAGUGCUUCUAAAUGCCCAGAAGGAGAACAUCAUAGAAACUUCUGAAGGACCUGGAAAUUUUAUAAUUGAUGGUCUAUCGGUAGAGAGAAACCAUAUUCUUGUUAGGAUAAAUCUUACGGGAGGACCAGCGGAACGGAUUUUGCCUCAGAGAGUACUAAAUAAGGGCACUGAUCCAUAUCCCUGGUCAAUGUUUUCAUCAUACCCCUUGCCAAGGUGCUAUCUUUCAGAAGCUCCUAGGAAAGCUGAUUUUAGACAAGAUAGUGAUCUCAACAAGCUGUUGGCAUUCUUUAAAAAUCCAGAUAAACAGCUAGUGUGGAUUGAAAACUGUAGAAAACAGUUUUGCAAAAUCAUGAAAGCCAAACCUGAUGUCAUCAGUGGAACCAUUUUGGCAGAAUUAAUUGAAAAGUUUGUGUUGCAUCUUUCUGAAAACCCAUCAGAAUGUUACUUCAGCACUGAAGGAUAUGAAGCUGAUGAUGCAAAUGUGAAGAAUGAAAGCCUUUCAUCUGUGCAGCAGCUUGGCAUUAAAAUGACAGUCAGAUAUGGUAAAUAUUUAAAUUUGCUGAAAGAUGGUGCUGAAAAUGAUCUGUGCCUGGUGUUAAUGCACUGUGACAAAUUUCUGAAACAACAGCAAACAUCCGUAAAGUCCUCACUUCGUUGUCUGCAGGAAGGUUAUGCUGGCUAUGACUGGUUUGCAUCGUCUGUAUUUCUGAUAAUGUCAGGAGAGAGAGAGAAAACAUUAACAUUUCUUCAGCAAUUUUCCAGUCUUCUCAUCUCAGCAUUUCUCUGGCUGCGAAGACUGCAUGUUUCUGUACACCUACCUAUUGACACAGCGGAAUCUGGCAUUCACCCCAUCUAUUUCUGUAGUGCUCACUACAUUGAGAUGUUGCUGAAGGCUGAGUUGCCUCUUGUCUUUUCAGCUUUCUACAUGUCUGGUUUCACUCCAUCACAGAUUUGUCAGCAGUGGCUAGCUCAGUGUUUCUGGAAUUACUUGGACUGGAGUGAGAUCUGUCACUACAUUGCUACAUGUAUUUUCCUUGGUCCUGAUUAUCAGAUCUAUAUGUGUAUAUCUGUGUUCAAACAUCUUCAGCAAGAUAUUCUGCAGCACACACAGACCCAAGAUCUACAGGUUUUUCUCAAAGAAGAAGCACUCCAUAGAUUUCGAGUGAGUGAUUAUUUAGAAUACAUGGAAAGCUUGGAGGCAACCUACAGGCCAGUGCUGCUGAGAGACAUGAGGAACAUUAGAAUGCAGAGCACAUAGAUCAAGCAAACAAGCAUUUCAUCUUCAAGCUUUAGUUAAGUUCUGAAAGGGAAUGCCGAUUGUUUUAUAUCAGUCUCCAUAAAAAUUCAUGCUGUGGAAAUAUACAUAUGUUAAAAUCCAUAAUAAAUGUUUUCAGAAUAUAGGUUUUUGAAGGGGACAUCAUCUGAAUUGGAUCAACUGAAAAAUAAUUUAUUUCUCCAGCCAUACUGUAUGUACUCCUUAUUUUUAUUUGGUAGAUUGCUUGAGAAUCUGCCCGUAGCUAACAUAGGGGUCUUGUUUGUAUUCUCUGGAAGCUGUUCCCAAACUAAUACAUUUUGGUCAUCUCCUACCCACACCAUCUUACCUAAAACUUUAAAAUUCUGCACAGGUCUGGCAAUAAGAAGCAGUACUGAGAAUAAUCACUUGGGUAUCCUGUAAUUAUGUGAAUGGGGAUGAGCAAAACCAAAGCAGCUUUCCUGGAUGCAUCUGAUCUGACCUUGUGGUUUGGCUGAGGAAGAAUAGUUAAACCCAAGUGGAACAAAGGACUGAUACUGCCCUCAGCCAUAAUGGUUUCUAUACCAUAAAUAUAUAUUUGUAAUCUUAUAUGCUAAUGUUAUAUUCUCAGAAUGGAUAAAUGGGAAGGCAGAUUACUAAAAUAUGCAGUAUUCAGUACAGUCAUUUUAUCGAUUGGUUUGAUUUGUACAUAUUACCAUUAUAUAAAAAAACUUGCACUAAUAAAAGCAAGGUGAUUCUGAGGUAAAUAAAUGAGCAGUGUGGAUUACUCUUCUGUCCGAUCUGGAGUCAACUUCAGAAAACAUGUCAAAGAAGAUAAGUGUGACAUCAGUUCUGGAAAUUAGUGAUGCAUUUGUGUUUUUAUACAAUGAUUGAUUUCAACAUUCCGAAAUGUGUGUUUUGGUGUGUAUAAGCCUGGGUUUCUGAAACAUAAGUCAAAAUAAUUUUGUUAUGUAUCACUAAUACAAAAAUGGAAAUUAAUCUAAAAUACUUUUUGCAAAACGUUCAUUAAGGUUCAUUUAUUUGUUUUAUCUUUUCUGUUCAUUGUGACUUCGACAGUUAAAAUACUGACUGGAAAACUGGAGUAUAUAAAAAUAAUUCCAUUACAAUGUAACCUAUAGUUCUGUUAUUACAAUAGCCUGGCAAGUCUAUAAAAGAAAAUUCAGUGAGUUAGCUUGACAUACUGGACUUUUUGCCCCAACUGAUAUGAAUUCAACAAAGGAGUCCUAAAAAUGGUACUAAAAGCACAAGAACUACUUUAAAAUUACAUUUUCCAAACUUGUUUCCCAAUGUAUAAUAUAAGUUUAUGGUUCCCUUUCUUCCCAUUAUACCGGUGAGUUAUUGUAUUUGGUGUAGAGAAUCUUGCUGUGCUUUGUUACUGUUUUUAAAAAGCUGCAUCACAAUAACAGGAAAAACUGAAUAGAAAAAAGAGGCUAUAAAUUAAUUUUGAAAUGUUCUCUCCCUCUCUUGAUUGGGAUCUGAGGGAAGAUGAAGCAGGUAACAAUCUGAAUUCAUCUUAUGUUGAGAGGCCAAAUUUUAUGUCACCAAGGAAAGUCUUGUGACUAAAUAUACAACAGUUUGAUUAGUUGAUAACAGUUGUAAACUGUGCCAACUACUGAGAGUCUUUUUCACCUUAAUUUUGUACCAUACACAUCCUCUGAUUUUAACAACUGAGUCAAGGCCAAAAAUGAAUGUCCAACAGUUUCUUGGAUUUCUAAGACCAUGUAGUUAUGAACGAAGGCUUGUGCUUUCCUGGAAUAGCAAAGGUAUUGGAUUUUCAGUGCUUACCUGCUGGUAAGAUCCCAAAGGCUCUCACAGAUGGGAUGUUGCCCCAGGUAUCAAAGGGAGGAGACAAAGCAGAGCACUGUUCAGCUACUCCAUUGAAUUUGAGAUAUACAGAUUUGUGCUCUGUGCAGACUCACUAGCAACAGCCAUUGCUCUCCACCUUUCCUGUAACUGUGUGGGUUACUCAUAUGUCCAUAGUGAACAUGAGGUUAUAGAGUAUCCUUUGGCUGGUUCUCCAUUGCCUUCCCCAUUAACAUAUUAGAAAGAUGGUAUUUUGGCUACAUCUUGUCCUAGCAUGCUGGGAGAAGAUUGGGUGCUAAAUGUUCAUUUUUGCUCACUUUCAUUCCACAGUGAAAUCUAAGAGAAGAGUUUUCACCUGUACUUACAACAGGAAAUGACUGUGGGGCAAGCUAGCAAAUGUUGACUUGUCAAAGGCUAAGUGGGUACGCAUGUAUGUGCUUGCAUUUGCAGAAGAUGAACUCCAAUUGGAACUUUAUUCGUGUAUAUCAGUAGGAGGAGGUCAUUAUUUUAUCUCAUUUAAAUUCAGAAAUGUAACUUGAAUGUACCAAUUUAUUCCAGAUUCAAUAAUGUGUAUCUUGUUCCAGUUUUCUUUCCCUGUCAGACAACUAUUAGUCUUAUAAUUGUGGAUGAUGUAUUUACCUGCAUACCUCUAAAAACGGUUCCCUGUUUUAGCAGACUGAGGGCUGUGCACAUUUGUGAUCUCAGCCACAGCUAUUUAUUUAUACAUUGUAGUUUUGAGCACCUGUAUAUGCAUUCUUUUUUCCAUUAGAUGUCCCUUAGAAAAACAGAGCCAGUAAUAAUUUUGAUCAAAUUGUUUUGUUGUAGGCCAAAUAUGGAGUAAAUGCAGAAAGGUUAUUAAUUAUUCUUUUUUUUUAAAAACAACAUUUUAAACACCAAGACAACUAAUGUGAAAUGUUGAAAGAUGAUCUGGAGCAUAAUCACAUCUUUAAAUCCAUCAAACCACAAGGAGUCAGACUUGAGAAAACGACCCCUUACCCUUUACAAAGUCUGUGAUUCAGUGGAUGAGGAGACAUCUGCUAGUGACUUUCUAGACCGGGGCUGUGAUCAAGUGACAAAAACUUCUCUUCAUUUAGAGGGACUUCAUACCCCCAUUUCUCCCCUUCAAUAAGAAGCAGCAUCACUCUCCAUCUCUUCUUCAGGAUGGAGAGAAAUCUCGUCAGAAGGGGCUUCAUCUCCUAUUGCUUCUCAUCAGUAAUAGGACUACUGAAAACAAUCAUGCCAUUGGUGAAAUCGUGUUCCUAUUGAAAUCAGUGGCAAAACUCCCAUUGACUUCACUUAGGCCAGAAUUGUAUCCUGUCUUUCUUCAUUGACUUUGAAGAAUUGGUUUGGGAGAGAAUUGUGUGAGUGCGCUUGGGAGAGAUUCCCAUAACCCUCAUUCCCCUGCCCCUUCACAAAAGCCAUAAUCUGGCCCUAGAGAUCGGACAUUUUUAAAAAAGAAAGCAGUACAAUCUUUGUGCACUAAUUUCAGUCACCUUUCUGAAGCCAAGUCUUGCAGCAGUGAGCAGGAUGUUGAGUCAAUAAGGAACAUUAGCAGCUAAGUGACAUGUUCCAACUGAACACUGCAGUAGUCCCACUAGUAAUUACAGAACAUCAGAUUUGUAUUUCACUCAAGAUUAUUGUACUGUUAGCAAACAGGAGGGCUUUUUACCCAACAUCUGCUAAAUCAGCAAAGGACUUAGGUAGACACUGAAAAGAUUAAAAUGUCACAGGAUGAUGCCAUGUUGUCUAUCAAAUCUGUUUAUCAAAAUUUCAAGAAGAAAAUUUCAGGUAGAAACCUAACCUUUACAAUACCUGGAUGAGCCAUAUUGACUGUGAACUUUAAAUGUGGAUAGACAGUUCAAGAUAAUUGCGUACUAUCUGCCAAAAAUCAAAACCACAAAGAGAGAAAAUUCAGUAUACUGCAAAAGUUGUUCUUAUGCCACCAUCUAUUACAGUAAUGUCUCAGAAUGGAAGAAAAAUGAUGUGGUUUCUCUAAGUCGAUCUGUGCAUGUGGCUAAUGUCAGCACCCUAUAAUGGGGUUUUAUUCCCCACUUGAGUGAUAGAUUGGGUGUGUGUGAUAUUCGUGGUGGCAGCUUCUAUUUCUGCCAUUCUGAAUACAGUCUCUCUAAAAUAACAAGGCACAAAUUAUGUCUGAUAGUGCAAAAAGGAAAAUGUAGUUUAAACUAAGAAAUCAUAGUUAGAUUACUGUGCAAGAGUACAGAGGCUUUCCACAAAGAUUUUCUAUUUUGAUAUGUGCAAGUAUCCAGCAUAACAGUUCAUCCUGAAGAACACACUAAUAUUGGGAACAAAGGGCAUGCUGUGGUUAGUUCUAGCAGCAAAGCAAUAUAAACUACCAUAGUGCCUCCUGUAUAUGUGGGCAGAAUUGCCAGGUGAGAUGGGGUGCUCAUGAAAGUUUAAGUGUGGGAAGUAUUUUGUUACAGAGCAUGUUGCAAUGCACUAAGGGAUUGCCACCUAUGAAUGAAGCUAGCUAUAUAAAUUAGGUGUGGCUUCAUCAGAACUUUUUAAAAUUGAAAUCUAUGGUGGAAAAAAAUAAAACAUUUCAGCUCUAUAAAUCCUGUCUGUGUUGUAUCUGAGGUUACCCAGUGUCAUCACAACACUUUCUCGUAAUGUGAAUGAAGCAGUACUGUCAGUUUGGGGACAGUUAAUUCCACUCUUAAUGGCUCUUGAUUUUUUUCCUAUAUUUCCACCGGUGUGAAAUGAAUACAUACAUAUGAACACACUCAAAGGUAAAAUAUUAACUAAUAUUUGCAUUCAGUAGUGCUGGGUUUUUCAGGUUUGGGGUUUGGGUUUUUUUUUGUAUAUGUAAAUUUGAGAAUGAGCCAGAAAAUACUGACAUUUUCCAUUGCUGCUGCUUUUUUCUGUCUAUAAAAUGUGUUUGGUAGGGGCUUUUUUAAUAGAAAGAAAUUGAAACUCUUAAACUUGAUUAAAAUAGUUUGUCUUUCUUAAACUGC